AUGCCCCUCCGUCCUCGGCCAUGCGGAACAUGGUCGCUGAACGACACCUAUGGCUUCAUCGCUACCUACGUUGAAGCUCAUUCGCAGAGCUGUGGAAGAAGAGCACCUCACAUGCGUACCGUACAACUAGUGUCGCGUCGUGGCCAAGCAGCAUCCAUAUCGACGACUUCAAGGACAGGUGCUCCUUCGCCACCGAGCUCUUCGGCUACACGAAAUGCCAAGCGAACAAAGCCUCUGCCGCACACGGCUUGUCGUGGCUUUCACAACUACUUCGUGACGCAUCUGCCGUCCUCGUCGAUGCAUCCCGACUCGCGCAGCUCGGUUGGCCCGCAUCACAAGCUCCCGCGAGCUGCCGCAGCCCCUCAUGUAGCAGGCCCAGGCUCUGUGCCCGCGGCUUCGCCGCCGAACAUGGCGGCCAUGCGCGACCUGACCGUGGUACGCAUACCGUUGCGCAGUGCUAAGCACCACUUCGGCGCUGCCGAGUCCAGAGGACAGCGCCCGUAUAACGAGGACAAGAACCAGGCUGGGACCAUAGACAUGCCCGCGUUCGCAAAGCGCGCCCCGAUCAGCUUGGUACGGAGCAAGAUGAGCAAAAGCGGCGAGGGCACGUCGGCAGACAGUGCGUUUGGAGACCCCCAGAUCUUCUACUUCGCCGUCUUUGACGGGCAUGGCGGCAGUGAGUGUAGUGAAUUUCUCAGAGAUGAACUGCACGGGUACAUCGAAGAGACUGCCACUGAGUUCGAGCUCAAGAGCAGCCUGAGGUCUCACAAGAAGCAAUCCAAGUCGAUACAGCAGCAACCUCCCACGCCCAUCCUGGCUGAUAGGGAAGCUGGUGGGGAUAAAGGUCUCGACAAGGUGGAGAUGAAAGAUGCCCAGCAAGUUGAGCACAAGGCUGAGAUCCCCGCGACAAAUAAGCACGGUGCCAUAGAGGAGGUUGAAAAUGCAGACUCCAUCGACAGCUUAAAGCCAAAGCCUGCCAGGGCCAACGAGUCCAAAGCUCUGAGGCUGCAGAGAGAGCUGGUAAAGGAGUAUAAGAGCACAGUCGGUGGAUACUUCCGCCGCUUCAGCCCCCAACACUUCAAUUUGCAACAGGACCCAGAAUCUUCCGAGCCGGCAGUAACGAUCGAGUCGGUUCUCACGUAUGCCUUUCUGCGUGCUGAUCUCGACUUCAUCACCGCGCAGGCUCGCAAACCGGACCCUGACGACCCGUACGUCUCCGACACAGCUCUUAACAAGGACGAGGUCUUGGGCUCGCCACAUCACGCACCUCCAUCCGGACAUGGCAUUGGCGGGCACUCACGUUUCAAGGGUGGUUCUACCGCCUCCGUUGCCCUGAUAUCCACGCCUACCCCCGCCCCCUUUUGGCACCCGGCCGCAUCUAGUACGCUGCUCGUAGGCCAUGUUGGGGACACGCGCAUCCUGCUCUGCGAGACGGCGACGGGCCUGGCCAAGCCUCUUACCAGCGACCACCACCCCAGCUCCCCCGGCGAGUCGCACCGACUGCGUCGCUUUGCCGCCUCCUUCGUCACCGACUCGUUCGGCGAGGAGCGCAUCCAGGGGCUGGCCAACUCCCGCGCGUUCGGCGAUGUGGGCUCCAAGCGGCUGGGAGUCUCGGCUGAGCCGGAGCUCACGAGGACGGAGCUGGGCCCCGCCCAGUACAGCUUCAUCGUGCUCAUGUCCGACGGCGUCUCGGGCACGCUCAGCGACCAGGAGAUCGUGGACGUGGUCAAGGAGGCAAAGACCCCGGAGCAGGGCGCCAAGGACGUCGUGAGCUACGCCACCGAAGUCACGAGCAACGGCGACAAUUCUACUUGCCUGGUGGUCCGCCUCGGCGGAUGGGAGCGGAGGAGUGAGGGUGGACUCGGCAGCCUGGGGACCAAGGAGAUCCGGGAUUACAGACGCAGCGAGGCGCAGGACCCUAGAAGGGGCCGCAGGUAA